GUUGAAAGUUUCCUUAUUGGCGUUGUUGUGUCUAGGGAUUCAACUUAUUGCAUAACCCUUCCGCUUACUUUAUUUCUCUGUCAGGCUUCUUUGAUACUUCCAUCGAUCUAACAAGGGGAAAUUACUGUUCCUUUAAUGAGUCAAUUAUUAUUGUGUUGUGGCAGAAUAGUAUAAUGAAAUCGUCUAAAACUGCACCUCUACUUCUAAGGGGGUGACAUUUUGCAGACCAAGCGACUGUCAGCCAUAAUGAAUCGCAAGGAAUCAUUGCUAGAGGUUUUCAGCCUCUUCGACGACAACGGGAAUGGCUACGUGGAGCAAAGGGAGCUCAGGGCCUUGUCCAACAACCCAACGGCAGAGGGUCGCAUGGAUGAGGCCCUGGAGACGCUGGCCCUGCUGGAUGUGAACGGCGACCGCAGGGUGUCGGCGCAGGAGUUCGUGCAGGUGUUUGAGUUCAUCGGUGCCCAGAUGGGCGACCCGGAGUUCGAUGCGCUUGUGGGCGACAUGCGCCAGCAAGCGGGCGCCUCCCUCAGUCGCGAGGAAAUGCUGCGCCGCGUGUUUCAAAAGCUGGACCGGGACAAGUCGGGCUACAUUGAGAUGCACGAGUUGCGCACCCUGGUGGGCCGAGUGGCGCCCGCGGAGUCGCUCCACCGCGCGCACGGCACCCUGCGCAUGUUCGACACCAACAGCGACGACCGCGUGUCGUGCGAGGAGUUCCUGGCAGUGUUUGGAUUCCUGGCGCAGCAGAUGGACGACCGGGAGUUCAAGGCCUUCGUAAGCCGGUUGGCGCGCAAGGGCUUCGAGGCGCUCUACGAGGAGGACUACCGCCACCCGCAUGGUUGCCGCUCCUGGCUGUUGUCGGAGGUGGUACCGGUGCUGCGGGGCGGGCUGCUGGCGCUGGUGCGGGAGGUGGAGCGGGACGCGCUGGACCUCGCCACGGGUAUCCCCUGGGACGAGGGCGUGCACAUGCCCCGCGGCUGGCGCCCCUUCUCCCCCAUGCGCUGGCUGGCGGGCUGGCUGGAGGCGGCUGCCACUGCCCCCCCGCGGCGGGGCUCGGAGGGGGGGGCGGGAGGGGGGGAGGGCGAGGGCGAGGGCGCGGGCGGCGAGGGGUCGGCGAAGCGGCUGGAGGCGAUGAGUCGGGAGGAGAAGCUGGCGUACAUAUUCAGCCAGAUCGAUACCAAUGCCAGCGGCUCCAUCCCCGCCCACAACCUGGUGUCCAUCGCCGAGCUGAUUUUCGCGGAGGGGGCGGGUGGGGUGACCGACCCGCGGGACGUUAUCGACCCCGUGCUGGCGGCGCUGGGCAUCCACCCGCUGGACUCGGUGGUGGAUGCGGUGGAGUUUGAGCAGGCGCUCACGCAGAUGACCUCCCUCCUGAGUGACGCCGAGUUCGACGAGGCAGCCCGAGUGGUGGCGGCGCAGCGGGACUGGAGGUACUGCAGGAGCCGGGCCGACAAGUUCAGGUACCUGUUCCACUCGCUGGACCUGGACCACUCGGGCGCACUCACCUUCAACGAACUCAAGGCCAUGGCUCAGCGCAUGGACCCGGACGUGACGGAGGAGACGGUGUCGGCCUCCCUGGACUACAUGGACCGAGACCACUCGGACACGGUGAGUGCUGAGGAGUUUGUGACCGCGCUGUCCUCCCUGCUGGGCCACGUGGACAGCGAGGCGGCGCUGGACGACAUGGUGCAGCGCAUGAUGCACCUGCGGGGGGGCGCCGACCCCGCAAACGAGGUGGAGCCGCCGGCGCUUGCGGAGUUCGUGAGGGGGCUGCGCACGCAUGGGGUGGCGGCGCAGCUCUCCACCAGUAUCGUGCUGGACAAGCUCAGCAGCCGCCAGCCGCUGGUGCUCCUAGACGUGCGGCCCGACGAGGAACGAGCCGUCUCAGUCAUGCCGGGUGCCCUGCCCCUGGCCCUGCAGCCCGCACCCGCCGCCACUUGGGGCUACUCCCUGGCUGGCGGCCCCGCGCCUGCAGUCGCCAAGGUACGGGAGGCGCUGGCGGCGGUGACGGCUGCGGCGCAACCCACCGCGCAGCCGCCGGUGGUUGCCGCGUACUGCAGCACGGGGGAGCUGGGGGGCGUGGCGGCGUUGCUGCUGAGUGAUGCGCUGCGGAUCACGGUGUAUAAUAUUUGCGGCGGGAUUAUUAAUUAUUACAACCAGGGAGGCAGCGUGUGCAGGCCGGGGGGUGCGGGCGAGGGCGGCAAGCCGGUGCAGGUGCAGGCGCUGCACCCGGGCAGUCAGCAGCAGCGCGCGUUUGUGACGCGGCCGAAUAACUACCGGUAGGAGAGGAAGGAAGAAGAAGUGGAAGAAGCGAGGUAGAAGGGAGGAUGAAGUAAGGCGGUGUGUGGCUGGUAGCCGUGGUAGGAUGUGGUGGUGGUGGUGGCGAUGGAGGGGUAAAGAGGAAACAAGGAACUGACCGCGUGAUAAGACGAUGCCUGUUUAACAAGACGCACUUUGACCGCCAGAGCAGCAGCAGCAGCAGCGCCGUUAAAGGAGAUACCCGCCAGCGCACUCACAUGGCAUGCAUGUCUUACAAGGAACAUGGUGGAGAAGUCGAAUAAUAAAUGAGAGUUGAGGGUAUGUGACCCUUUUGGCCUCACGUGCCCCGUACCGCAUCGAGGCAAGCCUCUAUAGCCGCACAGCCCACUACAGCCCCUGGCCCCAGCAGUUUACUUUAAAGAAUCACUCUCUCCUUUGCCCUGUACGUGUCUCGACUUGCU